AACAUGGGCGUUGACCAGAAGCGUAAAAUUCACCAUAGCCUUGGAUGGACGUUACGGAGAAGAGCCUUAGACAUUGUUAGUGUCGACCCCUCCUCGAUCCCAAUGCCAAACCCCAACCCCAAUUUCUAGUCGCCACUCUUCAAUUUCUUUUCGCUUCCAAACCCAUCAGAAACAAAAACCCAACAAACGAAAAGAAGCUCUACAAUUUCCACAGGGGAAUUGCUAUUGUUAAAAGUACCUUAUCUGUUUUCUCAGCAGUCAUAUUAGAAUUGAGAAAUUUUUGUUUGGGAAAUCUAAGCUUCUUUACCACCAGCCCUUAACCCUUCCUAUCAAAGAAAUGGGUGAUCAUCUUAAUUUGUGUGUUGACCGCCUCAUAACACCUCAAAGUUUGCAAUCGAUGGAAGAGGCAGAUGCCCCAGGAUCUUCUGUUGGAGGCUCUUGUUCUCAAACUGCUGAGAGUCCCACCUGUGUCAUUGAUGUUAAGGAAGUGGUGGAGCAUGAUGUACCUGAAGAAGAAGAGCCAUUGAUUCAGAUGGCAGAAUGUCGUAUUUGUCAGGAGGAGGAUAGCAUCAAGAGUUUAGAGGUCCCUUGUGCUUGCAGUGGCAGCUUAAAGUUUGCACAUAGAAAAUGUGUUCAGCGCUGGUGCAAUGAGAAGGGAGAUGCAACUUGUGAAAUUUGCAAUAAGCCUUACCAACCUGGUUAUACUGCUCCAGCACCUCCCCCUCAUUCUGAAGAUACUACAAUUGACAUCAGUGAGGGUUGGACGAUCUCCGGUGCCCCUUUGGAUUUAAAUGACCCUCGGCUCUUGGCAAUGGCAGCAGCCGAACGACAUAUUUUGGAGGCUGAAUAUGAUGAGUAUGCUGAUACAAAUGCUAGUGGAGCAGCUUUCUGUCGCUCUGCAGCUCUAAUAUUAAUGGCUCUUCUACUUUUGAGGCAUGCUCUAUCCCUUCCAAAUGCUGAUGAUGAAGAUGAUGCUUCCACCUUUUUCUCUCUUUUCUUGCUUCGUGCUGCUGGCUUUCUUCUCCCAUGCUACAUUAUGGCCUGGGCAAUCAGUAUAUUGCAGCGUCGAAGGCAAAGGCAGGAGGCAGCAGCACUAGCUGCAACGGAAGUUGCAUUUAUGCUGCAGGCUGGGCAACAUCGGGGCUUACAGUUCAGAAUAGCUCCAGGACCUGCCGCAACUCCCCAUCAAGAGCCGCUUCAAUGAUGCAUUGUUUGUGAAUUCUGGUAAGGUACUGCAAUGGUGAGAGAAUGGAUAGCAUCUGGAAAUUUGGGCAUGUUGGAAAAAGAAUUUUCUCUGUCAUGUUGUAAACUUUUAUUGGAUUUUAUUUAAACACCCUUACAACUUUUACAAUCACAUUCUUCUUAUAUUUCUUGUUAUGUCUUGUACAUAAAUCUGGGUUCUUAAUACAGCAGUUGUGAUGGGUUGCAAACUUGUGAUAUGAGGGCUGUUGUUCACAGAUUAAUACUGCAAACUAUCUUGGUACAUGCUUCAUUUAUCUGUUCAUGUUUAAAAUUUACCUUUUCAA